CACAGUUAUCAAAGAUGGCGAAACAUUGAUAACAAGAAGCCAUAUGUUCUUUACAAAUAUUACUAUUUCGUGAAUAAGCUGCUGCAAAAAACGUUUGGAAUCUUCAUAGCUAGCUAAGUAAUUGUGACCGGUUAAAAAAAACAAGGGCUUAAAAUGUCGGAGACGAGUGUUUUGCAUCAACGGAUAAGCUCCGUCAUGGACAUUCUAYCCUCCGCUGCCGUGACAGAGAUUUGCAAGUUAGUAGAGGAUUGCUGUGGAGCGUUAAGUGUAGAAGUCUUUCAAAGCAAAGAGCAAAUCAAAAUGCUWGAGAAGCAACUCAGCCUGACCAAGUCGAGGUACAGGUCGGUGAGUGACAAAGAAGGACAGACGCUUGUUACCAGUGGUUCAUCGAGAACCAACAGUCCUUCCGGCAAUUCCCCCGCGGCUGAUGAUGAAGAUUUCCAGCAGUUCAUUGUCUCUGAAGUGGAGUUUCCCCCUGAGCAGCAGCAUUAUAGGCAGGAUUGGAGCCCCAGUCUGGGGCAAUAUAAUUGGAACCCCAUACAGAUUAAAGAGGAACAGGAGGAAUUCAGUGUCAUCCAGGAGGAGGAAGACUCUGUAUUCACUCCUGCCUGGGUGAAAAGUGACUAUGAUCAGUACCCUACUCAGUCCUCACAAACCCAAAGUGAAGAAUACAAAGACACAAUGGCCUUUACUGAAGAGAUCAAAACAGAACCUAAGGUAGAUGAUUCCUCAGAGCCAACCAGUGAUUCUCAUCCCCAGUGCAAAUUGAAGAAGACAUGGACAGAAAAAGGACAAAGCUCGAACGGUGGAGAAUCCCUGGAUCUGAAAUCACCAGUGCAAAGGAGAAGUCACACAGAAGAUACAUCAUUUUGCUGUAGUGAUUGUGGUGAAUGUUUCACUCAGAUGGGAACACUGGAUUCCCAUAUGAGGACCCACAUACGGGAGAAAUCGUAUCACUGUCAGGAUUGUGACAAAGUAUUCACUCGGCUUGACCGCUUCAAAUUGCAUAGGAAGGCCCACACAGGAGAGAAACCGCAUCGCUGUGGUGAAUGUGGCAAAUGUUUUUCUCAAGUUGGAUAUCUGAACUAUCACAUAAAGACUCACACAGGGGAGAAACCUCAUCGCUGUCAUGAUUGUGGCAAAUGUUUCUUUCGAGUUGGUGAGCUGACACUUCAUAGGAGGAUUCACACAGGCGAGAAACCACAUUGCUGCCUGGUCUGUGGCAAAUGUUUUGCUCGUCCUAGUAAUCUGAGUUCUCACAUUAGGAUUCACACAGGGGAGAAAUCUUAUAGCUGUCAUCAUUGUGGCAAAUAUUUUCGUCAUAAAGGUAAUCUGACAACGCAUAUGAGGAUCCACACGAGGAAAAUCACAUCAUUGUCGCUAUAGUAGCAGAUCUUUCAGCACUGGCGGUAAUCACAUGAGCGAAAAAACUAUAUUGCUGUCAGGAUUGUUGUAAAUAUUUCACUAAUUGUUUGAAUCUGAAUCGGCUGGGGAGACGGAGAGGAGAGACCCCAUUACUGCCAUGACUAGAAAAUAUUUUACGACUGCCUUUUUUUGACAUUGUGUAUGAGACAUUCACACGGGAGGAAUCUUACAAGUGUCUGUCAAAUGCUUAAGUACCAAAAGUGCAUUGAAUUGUCAUCAGAAUACACACUGAGAAGAAACUAUUAUGCUAAGUCGUGAUUGCUUCAAAACAAAGCAAGGCUUAAGCAGACACAUGGAGAGAAUGUAGGGGAACAUGACUGUGCCUGGUGUAGAGAAGGGCAUCAGACAGACAAGUUACUAUUGUUCAUAGUUUUUAACUUGAUUAUAUUAGUCUCCUUUUAUAACUUGUCAUGUGAACCCUGCCAGGCAAUCACUGRACAAUAUCUGUCAAAUAAUUGGUCCAACGAUAGUGAUACAAUUAUCUUGAUCUGAUGAAAUCCACGUUGAUGCAAGCUGUUACCGAGUCUAGCUCAAACGGUCACUUAAACUAGUCCUAUUGAAUCCAGUAGAAACCAUUAGAUUCCAGUUCAGCCCAUUAGACACCAGUAGCCAUUCUCUACCUGAACAAACUGUCUUUUCACCUAGGGAAUUGAUACAUUGUUCACGUAUGCAUGUAUAAUACCUACUUCGGUGUGUAGUUAUUGUGUUUUGCCCCCUAUUGAGUACCGUCUUCCUUGUAAAUCAUGAUAAAACAUUUUAUGGAAAAGUUAUAGAAUGAUUUCUUGAAAAGAGUGGGAGCCCUGUUAAAAAAAACAAAAGAAGUAUCAGAAUUACUUCGAGGACCAUGUGUUUUAUGACUAGUAUAGAAUAUGUUGAUAAUACAAUCAUUUUAGCCUUUAUUAUUAAUUUUACAGUUUCACGUGACAUGACUAACUUUGAAAUAAUUACACCCGGAAGUGCUUCAUUACUCUUGUAGGCUUCACGGGUGACGGAACGCAACGCGAGCUAGCCAUUGGCAUUAUCUGAAAGAUGUCUAAAAUUAUCUGAAAGAUGUCUUGGAGUUGUUGAGAGUGAUUUUUAACCAACGAUGUACAGGCGCUGCGGAGGAGAUAUUCAGAGCCGUUGCAAAAACGAUGUCAGAGUACCAGGACAACGUUUAUCUAUCGAAAGAGGACAACCGACGUCUACAGGGGCUGCUUGACAUCAUCCUGAAACCUGAGAUAAAGUUGUAUAGAGCAGGGUUGUAACUUUUUUCCCCCUCUGUUAAUCAACAUCAAUUUUAUAAACAUUGACAAUUGACAGUUUAAUUCAGUUAGCAGGAAGCUAAGCAACGUUUUUUGAUGCCCAGGCUACAUCUAGCAAGCUCACGCUGGGUCACUAGCAGCCCGGCCUCUGCAUCAUUUAUAGCCUGAACAACCGCUAGUGAUCGCUGCAAGGUUAUUAUAGUUUUGUGAUUUAAUAUUCGUUUUUUGUUUUGAUUAGAAAUUCAGUUAGUUUUUAGACUUGAUUUGCUAAUUUUUAUUUUGUUUGAGUUUUGAUAGAAAUGUUUAUUUCGUUUUUAUAUUUAGUAGCCUGUGUGUGGGAGGCCAGGAGACAUUUGUUGUUGGCUUAUAGUUUUUUUUGUUUUAGGAUGUCACUUCUGGGCGCUGUAAUAUAUAAGGUGAUGGGCCUGGACCACAGACAUAACAUCUCUGUAUCUGUGUCACGAUGGCAUCUGUGAGAGAAUGGGCAGUGCCGUUGAGGCCAUCUCAUCUAAAAAGUCAAUUUUCUUCUUCAUGAGUAAAAUUCAUAGGGUGAUUAUUCCUGAUGACCUGGCAUCAGGACUCUAACUGGGUCAUCAGGAAGAAACAGACAAUGAAUUGGGAAGUUAAUGAAAUCAAAAUGGCGAAAGUCCUCAAAUACACUGCCCAUGCUAACACAUGCUUUUAGCCAGUAGAGGCGACUCCAUGCAACGUGAUGGCCGGGACAUAGGUUUGGUUUCAAUUAUAAAUCAAUCCGAAUGUGACUUGGAUUGAAAGGAUAAGCGCCUAGACUGGUGAAAGAAAACUCUUUCCCAAGUUUACACCAAUCCAAUGCCUUUUUAACUUUAGUUGUAAGAAUAAGUACCUUAACCUGACAGAGAGGAAAAAACUAAUUAAGUCAUGGUACAUUUUACAUGUUAUGUUUAUGUAAUAUUAAACAUGUACAGUGCAUUUGGAAAGUA